AUGGAGAAGCAGAUCCAUGACCUGCUGGAGAAGCAUCCUCAGCUGAGAGAGCUGAGAGCCGCGCUGGAAACCUCCCGGGCUGAUGCUCGUAAGACCAAGUCUCCACGCCCCGCCCACUCGAGCGUCUCCACGCCCUGCCCACAGCACAACAGAACCCACCCUAAACAACAACAACACCGUCCUCCGGUAGAGAAACACUUCAAGACGCGUUCUCUGACUAUUUCUCCGGACACUAGACGAGUCUUCACACGUGGGAAGAUGCAUUCAGGCAGCCUUGAGAAAGCGGGUUCUCUGAGGAAACGGACGCUGUCUCGAGGAAUGAGCGAAGACGAGUCUCUCAAGCACAUUAUCAGAGACGCAGAAGAAUCGAGCAGACACCUGUCACGCAGCGAUAGCAGAUAUGGAUCAUUAAAAAGAGGACAAAGACUAGAAAGCCAUAGUGAAGAUGAUCUACUCUCUGAAAACAUAGAAGUGACGGAGCUGAGAGCGAGCUACGAGGAGCGUCUUCAGGAGGUGCGGACCCUGGAGCUGCAGCAGGAGGUGCUUCUGUUCCAGGUGGACUGUCUUCAGGACGCCCUCGAGAGCACGGAGGAGAUGCUCGCUGAGGCCCAGAGAGACAACCACAGUCUCACCAUGGAGCUGGAGCGAGAACGAGAGAUGAAGAGGAAGUCAGAGGACUCACUUGAUUCAUUAGAGCGGGAGCUGGAGAGGUUAAGAGAGGAAAGAAGCGGCGAGCCGCUUCAGUCGAGACCCAUCUUGCUCCAGGCCUCUCCGGAGGGGACAUCAGUGGACCAAGACGAACAUACGCUCGCACACAGUGAAGGCACCUCCGUGGAUCCGAACACGAGCCAGCCGUUCCAGCUGAAGAAUGUGGUGUUUCACAGCCAGAAGCCUGGUGCUCCAGGUGGAGAUGAUUACGACGAAAGCAGCGGCUAUGAAGAUGCUCCGUCCGAGUUCUCGCCCAGUCCGUCCACUCCAGACACGCAGACGGAUGGAGCUCUGCUGGACAGCGAGGCUGAAGAGGGAGAGGAUGGGACAAGUCCCUCCGAGUCCAGCCUCUCUAAAAGUUCAGAUUCUUGUGCUCUUUCUUAAAUUAUUCUAGUGCUGUAAAACGAUUAAUCGCGAUUAAUCGCAUCCAAAAUAAAAGGUUUUGUUUACAUAAUACAUAUAUAUAUAUAUAUAUAUAUAUAUAUAUAUAUAUAUGUAUAUGUGUGUGUGUGUGUCUUUCUGAAAUACAAACACACACACUUAUUAUGUAAAGAAAGUAUUUUAUUUCUCGAUUAAUCGUUACUCAUCCAAGUUACCUUUACUUAAACAGCCUUUGCACAAAUAAUAAAAUGAAGACUAAUUAGUUAUGCUCCUCAGUCAACAAAGUUAUUUAGGAAAGGAAAGAAUCUGCACUUUUUUGUUUCUGCUGGUCAUUUUUUAUAGCUGCGUUUGUGUUUGACUUUGUAACGUUUCUGUUCCCCUUGCUAUUAAACAUGAGCUGUCCAGCAGUUCAGGACACGAGGCAAUACUUUGUAUCAGUACGUCAGACAUAUCAAUAAAAAAUGGAAUGUAAUUUUUCAUAUUGUAUUGAAAAU